GCUCGGAGGAGAAAGAAGCCACUUCCGUGCAGGAGCUAAGUUGUGCGCUCCUAGAAAGUUGUGCUCCGCACCCCAAGGAUCCGUCUGUGUGUGCGUGUGUAUGUGCGUGUGCGUGUUUGGUAGGACGCUUUCCAGGCAUGCACUGGGAAGAAUAGGAAUCUCCGGAGCUGCAGCUUUGUCUUAUUGAAUUAUAAUUCAGUGUUGGCAGCUGUUCUGCGAGUGAGAGUAUGCUGACCAGGCUGCGUGUCCGCGGAGAGACUGCAGACCGCGACUUCUGAGGGACAUCACGUUGAGAGCAAACUCCAUCUCCAUCAUGGGCUGCAACCACAGGCUGAUGUUGGCAUUGAUAGGGGCGGCUGUCGUCGUCACGAUAAUAACGAUCCCAGCUGUUUAUUACAGCAAAUCCAGAGCCACCAAAAGGCUGUUCACUCUUCAGGAUUACCUCAAUGAGACCAUCAGAAAGAAAUCCUUCAAUUUGUACUGGAUGUCGGAUAAGGAGUAUGUGCAUAAAGAAAGCGAUGGAAAUGUUUAUCUCCACAAUGCGGAAACAAAGAACAAGUCCCUAUAUUUGAGCAAUUCAACUUUUGCUAAAGUGGAAGCCAGCGAUUACUGGUUGUCAGGUGAUUAUAAAUACAUUGCCUUCGAAAGCAAUUACUCCAAGAAAUUUAGACAUUCCUAUUCUGCUUCAUAUUCCAUCUACGACGUGGAGAAAUCAACCUUUUUAACACCGGCGAGCCUUCCGCCUGUGGUGCAGUACUUUACCUUUGCGCCCAAAGGAAACCAAUAUGCCUAUGUCUCAGACUUCAACAUUUUUUUAAACUCCAAUGUGACUGCUGAAACAGUGCAGCUGACACACAAUGGAAAAGAGAAUAAAAUCCUCAAUGGCAUCCCUGACUGGAUUUAUGAGGAGGAAGUCUUUGCUUCAAACGGGGCAAUAUGGUGGUCCUCAUCGGGGAAAUAUUUGGCAUAUGCAGAGUUCAAUGAUACAGACGUUCAAAAGGUGGAGUUCUCUUGGUACGGAUCAGACCAAUAUCCUCAAACAGUGGCCAUUCCUUAUCCAAAGGCCGGAUCAAACCUUACCAAGGUUAAACUGUUUGUUGUUGACACCGCGAAUCCCACCCUCCGUUCACAUCUUGUACCUCCUGCUUCCAUCGCUGGAGGUGAUCACAUUUUGUGCUCAGUGACUUGGGUGACAGAUGAACGCGUCGCCGUGCAGUGGAUAACAAGGAGGCAGAAUCAUCUGGUUGUAGCCAUCUACGACUUUGAUGGGAGCAGCUGGAAAGAGAAAGAGACAUUUGAGCAAACAAGCAAGACAGGUUGGAUUGGUCAUUAUGUGCCACUGCCUCUUUUCUUUGCUGAGGAUAGGAUCAGUUUCUACAAAGUAAUGAGUGACGCUCAGGGCUACAAACAUAUUCAUCACAUAAAAAAUGGCAAAGCCUCACCCGUUACCUCUGGGAAGUGGGAAGUUAUUUACAUAACUAAAUUAACCAAGGAUGCCAUAUAUUUUGUAAGUAAUCAGCACCAAGGGAUCCCUGUCCAGAGAAAUCUUUACAAGCUUUUGCUUGGAAGCAGCCCCGCGGACCCCCAGUGCCUCACCUGUGACUUGCACAAAGACAGAUGUCAGUACAAUUCAGCUUACUUAAGCGUCAACGCCUCCUUCUACCGGAUGAACUGCUAUGGACCCGGAUUGCCCCUUUACACGCUUAUGGAUAACAGGGGCCCAGGUGCAGGAAAAGAACUCUCGAUUUUGGAAGACAACAAGGAUUUGGAAAGCCUUCUGUCUGAAUUUAAAAUGCCAACAAUGAAAUACGGCACCAUAAAGAUCGCAGGAUUUGAUAUGUGGUACGAAAUGCAGUUGCCACCAAAUUUCCAGAAGUCCAAAAAAUAUCCUCUUCUUAUGGACGUGUACGCUGGCCCCUGCAGUCAGAGCGUCAGCUACGAGAACAAGCUGAACUGGGGCACGUACCUCUCCAGUUCGCAUGAAAUCAUCGUUGCCAGCGUCGAUGGAAGGGGAAGCGGUUACCAGGGCGACGAGAUGAUGCACGCGAUCUACAACCGCCUUGGGACCUUUGAAGUGGAGGAUCAGAUAUCAGCAGUGAGGAAAUUCAUCGACAUGGGAUUUAUUGACAAAGAUAGAAUUGCAAUAUGGGGCUGGUCGUAUGGUGGUUAUGUCGCCUCAAUGGCUUUGGGUGCCGGCACUGGACUCUUCAAGUGUGGGAUUGCAGUGGCCCCAGUGGCCAAGUGGGAAUAUUAUGAUGCGGUUUACACUGAGCGCUACAUGGGCAAGCCAUCGGAGAACUCAGACGCUUACCAAAACUCCACAGUCACAUCAAGAGCAAAGAACUUCAAAAACGUUGACUACCUCCUUGUUCACGGCACAGCAGACGACAAUGUCCAUUUCCAGCAGGCUGCCCAGAUCUCCAAAGCUCUGGUGCAUGAGCAAGUCAAUUUUGAGGCAAUGUGGUACACCGACAGAGAUCAUUCUCUCAGUGGAUCUGCCUUUUAUCAUACUUACGCCCUCAUGAGCCAAUUUCUGCAGAAAUGCCUCGUCAAUCCCAAAUAGAUCAGGAGGAAAAAUCCAUGUAUCCUCCUUAUAAAGGAGCGUUUCAAGCUAUUUCCUUUUUUAUUUCAAAGGAAGUGAACAGUUGGGUCAAUUUUACAUGUUUCAUUGCUCACAAACUUUGAUAAUAACACGUGUGACUUUAAGAAAAUGCCAUUGUGAGCAUUUAAGUUUUUUUUUAUGUGAAUUUGAUAAUGUAUGGUGGAUGAAUCACACAGCACAUAUUGUUGUGGAGUGCUGUCUUUACACUUGUGAUAAUAAACAUUGUUUUUAAAUGUGAA